GCACUGGAAACCGAAGAGAGCGCGCGGACAUCGCGAAGCGGAAAAACGUUCUCUAUUGAAUUCUCCGAUGUCCCUAAAGAUGAUCGAGUUCACCAAAAUGCACAGCUCAGGGAACGACUACGUUUAUGUCAAUACAGUGAAGUACCCCCUCGCGAAUCCCUCCGCGUUGUCCAUUCAAUGGAGCGCCGCCCACACGGGCAUCGGGUCGGACGGUCUCGUGCUGAUCGGUACAUCUACGGUGGCCGAUUUCAGCAUGCGCAUUUUCAACGCAGACGGCUCGAAGGAACUCAUGUGCGGCAACGCGACGAUCUGUGUCGGGAAGUACCUCCACGAUAAGAAACUCACCACAAAGAUCGCCGUCACGCUCGAGACGCUGCCCGGUGUAAAGCAGAUUCAACUCCACGUGGGUGACAAUGGAGAGGACACUGUCACCGUGAAUAUGGGCUAUCCCUCCAUCGAAAACCUCAACAUGACCGUUGAAUGCGGAACUCUCUGCGUUGUGGGUACUGCCGUCUCCAUGGGCAACCCCCACUUUGUCGUGCUCGUGAAUGAUGUGGACGAGGUGGACCUGGGGCGUGUGGGGCCGUUGAUUGAGCACCAUCAACUCUUUGAGGACCGAACGAACGUUGAGGUUGCACACGUAUGCGCCGAUGACGCCAUUCGCAUGCGGGUCUGGGAACGAGGCUCCGGCAUCACUCAAGGCUGCGGCAGCGGCGCCUGUGCGGCGGCGGUGGCGGCGAUGGCGCACGGUUGCGUCUCUCGCUCCGUUAGCGUGCACAUGUACGGCGGCACUGUGCGUGUCCGACGUGAACAGGGCGGCGCAGUCUGGAUCACCGGCCUCGCGGUGAGUGUGUUUGACGGAACCAUCUCCGUGUAG